CCUCGAUAUGCCUGCCGUCCAGCCCGGAAGCAAAGUACUAGUCACUGGCGCCAACGGCUAUAUCGCCGUUUGGGUGGUCCGAAAUCUGCUCGAACAUGGUUACUUCGUCCGCGGGACCGUCCGAUCUGAAGCCAAGGCGGAGUAUCUGAAGACGCUCUUCGAAGAUAAGUACGCGGAUAAGUACGAGUUUGUGAUCGUGGACGAUAUCACCAAGGAAGGCGCGUUCGACACCGCUGUCCAGGGUGUAGACGCCGUCGAGCACACUGCGUCACCGUUCAACACUCAUUUCGAGGAUCCAGAAGACUUCAUCAUCCCUGCCGUCAAAGGCACUACCUCCGUUAUCGAGAGCGUCCUGAAGCACGGCAAAGAUGUCAAGAGAAUCGUCGUUACGUCCUCUUGCGCGGCUGUCCUGCAUCAAGAUCCCAAUCCUAUUACGUACAGCGAGAAGGACUGGAACGAACAGGCUGCUAAGGAAGUGGAGGAGAAAGGCCGGGAUGCCGCUGCUAUGCAAAAGUACCGUGCGUCGAAGACCCUGGCAGAGAAAGCCGCCUGGGAUUUGUACAACAAGAACAAAUCAUCCGUAGGCUGGGACCUCGUGGUUCUCAACCCACCGUAUGUCUUUGGACCUGUCAUUCAUGACGUAUCCUCUCCUUCCUCGCUAAACACGUCGAUGCUGGACUGGUAUGACACGGUCGUCAAAGGCACGAAGGACGAGAAUACUCUCGCCACCUCGGGUAGCUGCUGGAUUGAUGUCCGUGAUCUGGCCGAAGCGCAUAGGCUCGCGAUCGAAAAGGAAGCGGCUGGUGGGGAACGAAUCAUCGUUUCCGGAGGUCACUUCAAGUGGCAAGAUUGGGUUGACGCUGCUAACUCGAUCACACCGCCGAUUUACGACAAGCUCCCAAAGGGCAAACCAGGGGCAGGCAAGGGCCUGGACGUCGUUCACCUCAUCAAGUACGACGUGUCUAAGGCGAACCGUAUCUUGGGGCUGGAGUACCGUAGUAUCGAGACCGCGACGAAAGACACGCUCGAGGAUUUCAAAGCCAGAGGCUGGUGACUUUUCCAUCCGCUCGAGCGGAAGUAGCGCCUGAAAUGCAAUCCGCAUGUUCAUAUACCUUAUCGCUGCGGCGAGAAGUCACUCGUUUUGG